AGCCCCGAGCUUCUCCACCACCCCGCCCUGUCUUUUUUUGGCCACCUCGGUCUUCUUCUUCUCCGCGGGAACCUUUGCGCCUUUGCCUGCGUUUGCGCUGCGGUGGAACUCCUCUCCUUGGCGAAAGAUGUGGCCGACGCUGGGCAAAACUGGCGCGCCCCUGGCUCUGGUGGGUCUUUGCUUGGUCACGCUCGCCCGGUCCCUGCCCCUCACCGAUGCUGGACCACAUGUCAACUAUGGCUGGGGAGAGGCCAUAAGAUUGAGGCACCUCUACACCGCCGGCAGACACAGCACGUUCAGCUAUUUCUUGAGGAUCAACAGCGACGGCCGAGUGGACGGCGCCAGCGCCCAGAAUCUGCAUAGUUUGCUGGAGAUCCGAGCCGUGUCCGUUCGUACGGUGGCGAUCAAGGGCGUGGAAAGCUCUCGCUACCUCUGCAUGGAAGCAGAGGGGAGGCUGCGCGGGCUUCUCAGUUAUUCUACAGAAGAUUGUUCCUUUGAAGAGGAGAUGCGCCCAGAUGGCUACAACAUCUACAAGUCCAAGAAAUAUGGAGUCUUGGUGUCCUUAAGUACUGCCAGGCAAAGGCAACAAAAUAAAGGGAAAGACUUUCCAUUGUCUCAUUUCUUGCCAAUGAUCAACACUGUGCCGGUGGAGUCAACCGAUUUUGGAGAUUACGGCGACACCGGGCAGCAGCAUUUGCAAUCCGGGGUUUUCAGUCCCCCUCUUGAAACUGACAGCAUGGAUCCCUUCGGCAUCACCUCAGAAGUAUCCGUGAAAAGCCUUAGUUUUGGGAAAUGAGAACAAGUGCUCCUUGCAUGAGUUGUGCUCCAUAAAGAAAGCAUUACCAGCAGGAUAUUAUUUCUAGCCGUGAUAUUUCACACAUGGCUACAUUCAGAUGUGGCACUACCCUUUCUCGUCAAACGGCAAUACGAAUACUGUACCGUGAAGACUACAGACACACAGGCACAGUAUUUGGAAAGCCUUCACCGAAAAAAUGCAUAGCGUGCAGGUAUUUCUUCUGCCUUGGAGGAUGCUUGGAGGGAUAAGAUCGUGAAUAUUUUACUUUACUGCUUCCUUCCUUCCUUCUUUCACCUCUGAGGCCUGAUGACAGAUGUAACAAAUGCAAUUCAUUCAAAGAGGGAUAAGUCCUUCUCUUCAAGACCCUUAAACACAUCAGGUGUCAGAAAUUAAAGAGGAGCAGCCAGCUAAACGAAGCUAAGCAAGUAACCACUGACAACACUUAACACACAAUCUUUUCACAAACCUCUGCUACUGGUUUUCAGAAGAUUAGCUAUUGAAAUGCAAUUUCUGUCCUUGGAAGUUUGAUCCCUACAGGAGGUAGCAUGAACCACAGGGAAUGGGACGAAUGAAACUGACAAGCAGUUGUGUUCUAGCAAGCCUCUUCAGGUUUUCUUCUAUGGAGUUGACUAAACAUACGGGAACACUAUGCAUGCUGGCUCUGCCCCCUGAUACCAUUCCAGUUACCAUCCAUGAAUCUGAAGUGGGGAGUCUGCUGUGCUCAUGGAGGCUCCCCCCACAUUUAAGAACCAUGGUUUUCCAGGGUUCUCAAGCACAUAGCAAGUGUUCUCCAUCAGUAAUUGAGGCUCCCCACUUUGGACAUCUGCCCUCUAACCUGUGGAGAGAGUGACCAGAAUGGUAAUGGGGUGAAACCAGCAUCCUCUUCGCUGUGCUGCACCACUGAGUGUUUAGUGAACUGAAGUUCAGAGUGCCUGAAUAAUGGCUGCCAAAAGAGUAUGCCAACCUUCAGGUUACACAGGGUUCUUCAUCAGGCAGAACACGUGCACAAUUCCAAAACACUAUUUGUUGAAAGAGCAAAAGUAUGAUAAGGCUGCGAUCUCCCUGGAGUGAGUAAAAACAAUUGAACAGGUAACCAAUUCUAUAAGCAGAGGCUGAUUUUGCCUGACCCAGAAUUUUAUGUAACUAAAAUAUUUUCAUGCUACUUCAGCAAAAAACAAUAACCCUCAUAGGUUACUUUUUGUAUCAUCUAUCUGCUGGCUGGCUGAAUUUGAUUAGAAGGUUAGUACUAAGGAUUUGUGGUGAUCAGGCAGGCAGAUAUCAUCAUAGCUCACAUUCCAUCUAGACAAAAACUCUCAGUGGGUGAAGCAAGUUCUAUGAGAGAUGUGCCCUAGGGAGAGAAGGCGUGGCCUAAUGAGAGUGGCAAGGGCCAGACUGAGGGGCAUGGAGGGCCAAAUCCAAAUCCUGAGCCUGAGGUUCCACAACUUGGCCUAAUGGAUAAAUCCUACCUAUGAUCUGUAAGAGAUAAUUCAGUUAUUUUAAAUCUCUAUAGACUAACAUGAUGGAAUUUUUAAAAAUAUAAUUGUGAGUAUUAUUUCAUGGAUUUUUUUUAUUUUUUAUUUUGUAAAUAACAGUUUUUACUACUGUUAGAUUUUCCUCUAGUGAAUAAUUAGCUUACUAUGGGAUAACAUUCUUUCCCAAAGGGUCUUGUAUGUAUAUAGUAGCAUGGCUCUGUAAAUAAUUAUUUUCCUCAUGUAGCACUUCCUUGUCAACACCAUAUUUAUGAUUAAUUUAUUAAACACGCACAUCCAUUUAUUUUGUUACCAUAUUUAUACUUAAAUUUCUAUUUAUGUACUCCAACAGUUUCUUUUUAAAAAAAACAAAAACAAAAAACAGUCUGGGCCAAAGGUAGCAAAGCUUUGUAAUUUUUAUAAGGGUGAGCAGAAAUGAAAUGUAAAAAUGUUUGUGAGUGUAAAAUCUGUAGCUUCAGCAUGUAACAUUUUUUAAUAAAAACCAAUUAGAAUGAGAAGUUCAGUUGUCUCUUGGCUGUACUGGUGUCACACAGGUUGUUUAUAUGUGGCACCAAGGGAAAGAAACUCGGAGUUUGUGUCCUGG